AUGUGCCUGCCCGGCUUGUGCGAUCUCGAUGACUGCUUCGGUGGCUCGGGUACGGCUGCGCCCCAGAUGAGACAAAGACCAGCUCAACAAUAUCCAUACGGCCAGCAGCGAGCAGGAGUGCCGGCCGCUGCUCGCGCACCGAGGCCUACUCAACGCGAAGCAGUUAAGUGGGCUCCCGAGCCAGUACGGACCCAGUGCCUCGGCAGUGUCAGCGGGUUUCUUGUCGACGGGAAUGGCGGGAAGAUGCAGUUCAGGCAUUGCACGGCAUAUAAAGCGCCUCAAGGGUCGAUCAUUAUUUAUGGAGUCCCCAAACCCGCGACCAUAGUGUCCGGGCAGCAGGGGCAGUCCGUCGACGGCUGUUUCAUUGGCAGCACCAACAGGAAGGUUACUUUCCGCAACGCAGAAUUCUUUCGUACGCAGCGAGGUACGAUCAUCUUGAGGGGUGCGCCACUACCACGACUUCAGGUAUAUUAG